CCACCAAUUGUAUGACGUUCUUCACAACUUCCGGGGAAAGCAGCAUCCCGAAGGGUUUUGCAUGAAUUAAUUAUAUCAUUCAGCUCGAUUUUAUGCUGAAUAAAGUCAAAAUAAAGUCAGUUUUGAGCGUUAGCCACCUUUUUCCAUAUAUUUUCUGUACAUGUAUGGGUGCAAGCUCAACUAAAACAAUGAGCGGAAAACCUUUCACCGUUGCGGCACAGGCGUCCAAGAACACGGCAACUUUGAUAUUUCUACAUGGGCUGGGUGAUACUGGACAAGGUUGGUCAGAAUCCUUCAGACAAAUGAAACUCAAGAAUGUGAAAUGUGUCUGCCCAAAUGCACCUGUCAGUCCUGUGACCCUUAACUAUGGAAUGAAGAUGCCCUCCUGGUUUGACAUCAAAGGUCUCAGUAUAGAAAGUGAUGAGGAUGAAGAAGGGAUAGUGGCUGCAUCAGAACUUUUAAAAAAAUUAAUAGCUGACGAAGAGAAGGCUGGUAUCUCGUCUGAGAACAUCUUUGUCGGUGGUUUCUCCCAGGGUGGGGCCGUUGCCAUGUAUACAGCGCUCACAUCCACUAAGAAGCUCGGAGGAGUUAUUGGUCUCAGCACAUGGUUACCGCUGCACAAAAAGUUCCCUAGCGUAUUCUCUGAAGUGAAUAAGGACAUUCCAACGUUUCAAGGUCAUGGGAACGCUGACCCCCUGGUGCCCCUCCCCUGGGGCCAGAUGUCCGGGGAGAAGAUCAAACAGAUGACAUCAAAGCACACCUUUCACACAUAUCAGAAUAUGGGCCACUCCUCAUGUGAACAGGAAAUGGAUGAUGUGAAAGAUUUUCUUACCUCCCUUGCAAGGGACUGAUCACCUGAAGUUUACCUCCCUUGCCAUGGACUGAUUACGUAACACUUACAUGUAGGUGCAAAUGUGAACAUAGUAAGAACAUCUGUGGUCGUAGAUCAGAAAGCAAUAGCACUUUCAUAGUAAUGGAAUGUUCCCAGUUUGAACUUGUUUGUGUCACCUAUUUUUGAAUUUGACUCAUGCAAUGUCUUGUUAUUUAAAGACUAUUUGAAUUGUCUAAGCAUCUUCCUUAGAAAUAUUAACCUACUAAGACCUGAAUUAGAAGUCUGUACUAUGCGUUCAUGUAAGUGGUUUUAGCUUUGAAUAAAAAAGAAACUUGGAUAAGACAAUUAUUUUAAUGCCCCCGGAUCGAAUGAUCGGGGGUAUAUUGUGUUUGGCCUGUCUGUCUGUCAUUGCACGUGUCUGUCUAUCAUUGUAUGUUUCUUUCACAAACUUUAACCUUGGUUAAACUUUAGCAAUAACUUUUGCAAUAUUGAAGAUAGCAACUUGAUAUUUGGCAUGCAUUUGUAUCUCAUGGAGCUGUACAUUUUGAGUGGUGAAAGGUCAAGGUCAUCCUUUAAGGUCAAAGGUCAAAUAUAUGGCUUCAAAGCGGCGCAGCAGGGGGCAUUGUGUUUCUAACAAACGCAUCUCUUCUUAAAAUAUGUGUAAAUGUUCUCAAUUCUUUCACCAUAUUAACCUUUCUGAGUUAAUUUUAACCUGUAGCAUACAUCAUUUAUCUCUGAAUUUGGCUUGUUUGUUUGUCAAAAUAACCAACAGGCGUGGAAUUUUCACACAGGAAAUUUAAGCAUUUAAUGUGAAAACCAGGUUGAAUUCAUCCAUAAAGACGUAUCCAACAGGACACUUCACUUUCAUAUUACUGUAAAAGUAAGUCUACCAUAAUUCAUCAGGAGGCAGAGGGGCUUAUCCUAAAUGAUUAUUUAGGCAUUGACAAUUAGCUAGGUUUUCCCACAACACGUCUUAAAUGAGAAUAUUGCUAGAGAGAUUUUUACAGGUUAAUGAUUUAUAAAUUGCCCACAUGUACAUUGUUUAUAUUUGUUAGUUUCCUUCCUUAUCAAAGUUGCUGUUGACUAUUUAUUUAGAUUUUAUAUGUGUAAUGUAUUAAUUGUCUUAUGAAAUAUUGAUGGAAGCUUGAUCAGCAUUGUUGAACAUAUCUUGUGGAAGAUAGGAAUGGAUAUUGUAACUGUAACUAUAAAAUGAUACAUUUCUGCAUGGUUUUCUUCUUUGUAGUAUUUUUUGUGCCAAUUAAUCACCUGUCUUUGUAUGUCAGUUAACUUUGUACCUUGUAUGAAUUAAACCGUGAUUUACUGUUAGUGAAAUGGACCUCCAUGUUCACAGUUUUCGCCUUUAAACUGGAUAGCCAAGGUCUUGAUAAAUUUUAUAAAUAUUUAAUGUGUUAUGUGAUUGUUCUGAAACAUUGUCGGUUAUUAGAUUUGUAAUAGUUCAAACAAUGAAUGCAAUGCUAUUGCUAUCUUUUAACCCGUUUAUGCCUAGCGUCUAGAAAAAAGGCCUUGGCAAAAAGCGUAGACCAAGAUGAGAUGCCGCAUAAUGCCGCGUCUCAUCCGGGUCUGUGCGUUAAGAAAUAUUCUUAAUAUAGAAAUAAAUAUACUAGACAUCCCUAAUUUUGGAAAUUAAUUGAUCCAAUUUAGAAGGAUAGGAGAGUCCACUAGGCAUAAAUGGGUUAAAUUAAGCAAUAUUUUUACUAUAAUUUUGUUACUGAUAACAUAAGCUUGUCUGAGAUUUUAUUUAAUAAAGAGGAUACACUCUUCAUAACGCACCUGCACACAGUUCUGAUGGUUCACUUCAAUAUUUAAAUUUCAGAUAUUUAUCAUUUAUUGUAUUAUACGAUGAUCUUACUCAUACAAAAAAAAAAAUAAUAUUGGCCAUGUUAUUGUGCCAUGUUUAUGUUGAUUUUUCACCUCAAAUCAAAUCACUGAAAAAAUACUAAAAUUCCUAAGAUUCAUCAAAUAAAUUACUCAGGCACUUGUUAAUAGUUUAAGGUAUUGAUAAUCCAGCCAUAAAUUAUUUGAAUAUAUAAACUGCUUUUGUAUAUUUUAAGCUCACCUGAUCACGAAAUACAAAUAAGUUGAUUCAAUGCACUUGUGUCUUGAAGAGUUAAAAAGAUCUGUUCUUUUCAAAAAAAGAAAUUCUCUCCACGUGAAAGGAAACCUUUCAAGCUUUUGAUAAACAUGACUUUAAAUUGACUUAAACUAAUAAGUUUAAUUGAAUUACAACAUGGAACUCUGCAGCCCUGAGUUUACUGUCACACUUCAGAUCUACAUGUACCUGUAUAUGACACUAGUAAUUGCAUAGACUGCUCCGAGUGCUCCCUAGCAAAAUUAAUUUACUGACUUUUAUUUAGGCGUCCGUUUGAAGCUGAGCUCCUUGUGUGCUGUGAUGUAUAACUGUACCUCUUGUUGCCAUCAAGUGUAUUCUUAGUACCAUGUUUUCAAGUGUUAACACCUUAAUUCAAGCUAAUUGUAUUGUGUUUAAAAAAAAUAACAUUGUUUUUUAUUUCCCUUCUUAUGGUGCACUUUCUUACGAACAUUAUAAACCCUGUUGUAAUUAAUAACAGCUUUUCUCAUGUUAGGGCAUUUUUGUUUCAAUUAUUUAAUAUAUAUUUUCAUUAAGUAAAUUGAAGAGUACACUAAAAACGAUUUGGUAAGUUGGAGACAUUUUCUUAUUUGGCACCUUUCUUUACACUGGCUUUAAAAACCUUAAAAACAUUAUUUUCUCUUCAUAUAGCUAUGUUUAAUGUUUGUCAGCUUUUCUUUUUUCUGACAGUUCGUAUAAAAUACUUACAAUACUUCUUGAAGUAGCCUUGAGUAUAUUUUCAUUUAAAUAUACUGUUGUCAAUUGUGGUGAAUAAAAAUCAUUAGCAAUGGAAGUGUAAAAUGUGUCAAAAUUACGGUAUGUUUUUUGAUGAAUGCUUUUUAUGUCCCCCACUAUAGUAGUGGGGGACAUAUUGUUUUUGCCCUGUCUGUUGGUUCGUUGGUCUUUAGGUUGGUCUGUUUGCACCAACUUUAACAUUUUGCAUAAACUUUUGCUAUAUUGAAUAUAGCAACUUGAUAUUUGGCAUGCAUGUGUAUCUCAUGGAGCUGCACAUUUUGAGUGGUGAAAGGUCAAGGUCAUCCUUCAAGGUCAGAGGUCAAAUAUAUGUGGCCAAAAUCGCUCAUUUUAUGAAUACUUUUGCAAUAUUGAAGAUAGCAACUUGAUAUUUGGCAUGCAUGUGUAUCUCAUGGAGCUGCACAUGUUGAGUGGUGAAAGGUCAAGGUCAUCCUUCAAGGUGAUAGGUCAAAUAUAUGUGGCCCAAAUCGCUUAUUUUAUGAAUACUUUUGCAAUAUUGAAGAUAGCAACUUGAUAUUUGGCAUGCAGGUGUAUCUCAUGGAGCUGCACAUUUUGAGUGGUGAAAGGUCAAGGUCAUCAUUCAAGGUCAGAGGUCAAACAUAUGUGGCCCAAAUCGCUUAUUUUAUGAAUACUUUUGCAAUAUUGAAGAUAGCAACUUGAUAUUUGGCAUGCAUGUGUAUCUCAAGGAGCUGCACAUUUUGAGUGGUAAAAGGUCAAGGUCAUCCUUCAAGGUCAAAUAUAUGGGUCAAAAUUGCUUAUGUUAUGUCUCUUCUGCAAUAUUGAAGCUAGCAAUUUUAUAUUUGAAAUGCAUGUGUAUCUCAUGGAGCUGCACAUUUUGAGUGGUGAAGGGUCAAGGUCAUCCUUCAAGGUCAAACGUCAUAUAGGGGCACAUUGUGUUUCUCAAACACAUCUUGUUCUUUUGCAAUUUUACACGUACUUGACGCUCUGCUGAUGUAUUGGGGACAUGAAGAAGAAUUGACAGAUGGGUUUGAGGGUAUUUAAUAAUGUUAAUGAAGUAACAUACAUGGUUUUAUGAAUACACAUAAUUUUUAAUAAGUUGUUCCUGCGGUUUUCACAAGAAAUGUGUAAACGACUAUUUGACAGUAUUUGAAUUGAUAAUUUAUUAACCUCGCAACAAGGACGGAACUCUUAAAAUAAUGUCAUAAUGUUUAAAGUGCACAAAAAAAGUUCAGUUCUGACUGGGAUAAAACUGAUUUUUGUUUAAGUAUGCUUGUUAACAUGUUUGCUGUAGUAGAAAAGUAGUGUUUUGAAAUAAAUUGUACAAUUUGCUUUAAAAUAUUGAAAUGCCACACCUGUAUGUGCAUUAAGUGUGUAGCUAUUGCAACAAUCAAUACACAUGGGCUGAAAGAUUUGGAAUUUAUCUGCAAUACGCAUUCUUACACAUGCGUACGCGAUUUAUGCUAAUAAAUACUUGAUUUACA